UUUACACACAUAUGCAGUUCAUUAUUGUGAACAAGUAGACCCAAAACUGUGAGCAGAUGCAUCUGUACACACUCAGAACAAGCCAUCAUUAGAUAGUUUAAAUGUUCAGUGUCAGCGAGUGUGGCAUUUUUAUUUUAUGGCAGUUGUUACCCGUCGACCUUUCAUUCACUUGGGGUCAGGUUGGACCUGGAAAAACAGCCGACAGAACAGCUGGAAAUGCUGCAACAUGUGUGUUACAAUUCUGGAUGAGCUGGUGAAAAUGAAUGGCUGCUGACAUGCUUUGUGAAUGCGGCCUGUUAUGAAAACGAGGUAAAUUACUGCAAGAAGCAUUCUAUCUUGAGCCUUUUAGGUGAUUUUAGCUGUUUCAUUUGUCACCCCUAAUUUUCCCCUUUCCUAAUGUAACUGUGUCUUCAUUUUAUUCCAGGGGAAAUGCAAAAAAUAUCUAUAUCAUCAUCAGGACUACUUGUUUUCCACUUGACCUGACAUGUCCUGAAAAUUGGGCUGUUUACUCAAGAAAGAUGUUGCACAGAGCGUCAGGGAAAAUGAAGCUUCUGUACCAAAUGAUCAGUUAUUUCCUUCUAUGGUUGUCAAUAGUUCUUUGUGAUCAUGUUUAUCUUUUUGAAUUUCUUGGAUGAUUCACAAUGUGUCUCAGUUGAGAGCGUCACAUGGACAUUGGUCAAUUUUGAUUCAAAUGUCCUAAAUCAUUUUUAGAUUUCGACCAUUUGAUCUGAAAUUUAAAAUCUGAAAAUUACCUCUCUUUUUUUUUUCAAAUAGAUGUGUGCAUCAAAUAUUUAUUAUUAGCUUUACAUUUGAUUUUUAUCUUUAGUUGUAACUGGCUUAAUUUUAUAUCUCCUAUGAAUGUGUGAAAAUAAUCCCUACAUUCAUAGUGUGUUAUUAGUUCUCUCAGAAGCAUUUUCAGCUCACAAGGUUGUUCUUUUACCCUGAUGCCUGUUCCAAAAAAUGCAAGGACUAAAAGGAUCCCUGAAAAUUACAAACUGAGAAUCUUUGUGUUAUAAAUAUAAAAACACAAAACUUUAUUUGCAUAAAUUCUCUGCCCCUUUGCCUGAAUUUGUUAAUAUACACUGUUCUUUUUGAUCCUUGACAUGAUAAAUUGAUGUUUAACUGGUCCAUAUUGUGGUUUUCUAAUAUAUGUCAUCCUCCUUUUAAUGAAAUAUUACAGGGAAAGUAGGAUUUUCUUCAUAGUUUUCAUUUUUUAUAAGGUUCAACAAAAGGUAAAAUGAAGUCGUUCAAAGUCUAAUUUUAAAAAACAACCAACCCUUAAUUUGGGAUUCAUUGUGCAACUAUUGGCUAUCAGAAUGAGAUCUGACCUCCCACUGUGUUUGCUGUGUUAUGGUGACCUGGCACUUUAACACACAGUGGUUAUCGAUUUGGCUGCAUCUUUAAUUUGUUUAUCCUUUUUUUUUAACCUUUCCACUGUUCUCAUUGUGUUCAAUGAGCCCAGCUACAAGUCUGAGAGAGAGAGAGAUGAGAGAGGCGAGUACAGAGGGAGAGAGAAGAGUCGAACGGUGUCGCACAGCAGGUAUGAGGACGAUUCAUGUGUAAGAGGCAGAGCCCAGCACAGAACAGGCAGCCUUGUGGACCAGCACUCAGAUCCAGGAUCAGCCCGGCCUUCUCAGAGCUGGAGACCCUCUCCCCGCCACGUCUCUCGCCUCCACCGCGUGCCCCCCUCGGUGACAUGUACCCCGAAGAGAGCCGGGGUUCUGGAGGGGUAGCCACUGUGGACUUCCUGGAAGGGACGUACGACUAUGCCGCACCCACCCCUGCCCCGACUCCUCUCUACAGCCACUCCACCACUGGCUACUAUGCUCCUCUGGAUGCCCACGGACCACCCUCUGAUGGCAGUCUUCAGUCCCUAGGCAGCGGGCCUACCAGUCCUCUAGUGUUUGUGCCCUCCAGCCCCCGACUCAGCCCCUUUAUGCACCCGCCCAGCCACCACUAUCUGGAAAGCACUUCAACACCCAUCUACAGGUCUAGUCAGCAACCAGUAUCCAGAGAGGACCACUGUGGCACCAGUGACGAGUCGUACAGUGUGGGGGAGUCAGGUGCUGGAGCCAGGGCCGGGGGGUUUGAGAUGGUUAAAGAGACACGUUUCUGUGCCGUGUGCAGUGACUAUGCCUCUGGGUACCACUACGGGGUGUGGUCCUGUGAGGGCUGUAAGGCCUUCUUCAAGAGGAGCAUCCAGGGUCACAAUGACUAUAUGUGCCCAGCAACCAAUCAGUGUACUAUUGACAGGAAUCGGAGGAAGAGCUGCCAGGCUUGCCGUCUUAGGAAGUGUUAUGAAGUGGGCAUGAUGAAAGGAGGUGUGCGUAAGGACCGUGGCCGUGUUUUGCGGCGUGACAGGCGACGGACUGGUACUAAUGACAAGGAUAAGGCCUCUAAGGACCUGGAGCACAGAGCAGCACCCCUCCAUGAUGGGAGGAAACAUGGCAGCAGCAGCAGUACUGGAGGAGGAGGAGGAAAAUCAUCGGUCGCUGGCAUGUCACCUGAUCAGGUGCUCCUCCUGCUCCAGGGUGCUGAGCCCCCAAUGCUUUGCUCCCGUCAGAAGCUGAGCCGACCCUACACUGAGGUCACCAUGAUGUCCCUGCUCACCAACAUGGCUGACAAGGAGCUGGUCCACAUGAUCGCCUGGGCCAAGAAGCUUCCAGGUUUCCUUCAGCUGUCCCUCCAUGACCAGGUGCAGCUGCUGGAGAGCUCGUGGUUGGAGGUGCUGAUGAUUGGGCUCAUCUGGAGGUCCAUCCACUGCCCUGGCAAACUCAUCUUCGCACAGGACCUCAUACUGGACAGGAAUGAAGGCGACUGCGUCGAGGGCAUGGCUGAGAUCUUCGACAUGCUACUGGCUACUACUUCCCGCUUCCGCAUGCUCAGACUCAAACCUGAGGAGUUUGUCUGUCUUAAAGCCAUCAUCUUGCUCAACUCUGGUGCUUUCUCUUUCUGCACCAGCACAAUGGAGCCACUACAUGAUGGCGUGGCUGUACAGGACAUGCUGGACACCAUCACGGACGCUCUCAUACAUCACAUCAGCCAAUCAGGAUGCUCAGUUCAGCAGCAGUCGAGACGGCAGGCCCAGCUGCUCCUCCUGCUCUCCCACAUCAGGCACAUGAGCAACAAAGGCAUGGAGCACCUCUACAGCAUGAAGUGCAAGAACAAAGUGCCUCUGUACGACCUGCUCCUGGAGAUGCUGGAUGCUCACCGCCUCCACCGCCCUGUGAAUCCAGCUCAGUCCCGGUUCCAGGCUGACAGAGAGCCCUCCACCACCACCAUCACCAGCAGCAGAGGCUCCUCUUCAGCCGGCUCUAGUUCUGGAGUCCCAGGCAGCCACGAGAGCCUGAGCAGAGCCCCGACAGGACCAGAUGUCCUGCAGUAUGGAGCGCCCCGUGCCGACUGCACCCACAUCUAAUGAGAUGGAGCACAAACAAGCAUGUCUGAAAGGUCAAGUCAUCUUAAUGAAUGAUGUGUGUAGAACAGUGUGAAAAUGCCUUGGUAAUGAACGAAGAGAGUUGUAUUUGAAUUCGUUCGUAUUUGAAUUAUUUAUAAAUUCAAGUGAUUUUUUUUGUUGUAGCUGUUUAGGUAGAAAUUAUUCCUUUGCACUAUUCUAAUUCAGUACAAUCUGAGCUUCAGCGCAGUUUAUCUUCUAUGCUGUCUUUCAUACUAUCUGUGAUUUGGACUCAGCUUUAUAUUACAGCUUAUUUUUCCAAAUUGGCAGGUGUUAGGUCAUAUUGUGGCAUUCUGUUACCUAUGGUGAUCUCAAAUGAUGAGCAGCUAAUUUUUCUUGUUUUUUUGCUUCAACCAAAGUGCACUUCCUCUUGGGUUUAAGGGGCUACUAGGCAUUAUUUUUACUUUUACAUAUAAGGGUUGAUUACACACUAAACUGGUUAAAAUUAAUAUAUAAUUUAUUUACAUAGUUAAAGACUAAAUGUCAGGUAUUGUGUCUUAUGCAUACACAAUUUUAAACAUGAUAUGUUUGAGAGAAAAUAUUUCAAUGAUGAAAUUCUAAAAUGAAAAGUGGUCAAGGAUAUAUCUGAUCAAAUCCUAGAGAGGGUUAGGGUUAGGGUUGGCUAACCCUAACCCUACCCUACAUAAUGCAGGAAGCUAAGCUUUAUUGUUGGGUAACUUCAACCUAUCCACAGCUUUUGUGUACAGUGGGUUUGUUCUAUAUGCUUACAUGCAUCAAAGUUUUUUUCUGAAUUUGUUGUGUGUGUGUGUGUGUGUGUGUGUGUGUGUGUGUG